AUGAAGAAGAAUAGUAAAUUAAUUUAUAUUAAUGAUAUUGAUAGUGGUAAAAUAACAACUAGUGGGCGCCAACAAUAUAGUUGCAGUAGAAGUAGUAGUUAUCAUCCAUACCAAAGACAAGAACAACAAAAGAUAAUAAUAUCAUGUGAUAAUACAUUACAAAAAAAAUUGUCAAUUCCAAAGGAAGGAAUGAGCCAUAAAGAUUUUUUAGAGUUGGGAUCGGACGAUUAUUAUUUCCUCAUUAGAAAAGAUAUAUUAUCAACCAACAUUCAAGUUCAAUGUCUACAAUACAGUUAUUCAAUCAUUAUUAUAGUUGAUCAUAGACCAACAGAUGAUUGGUAUUUAGAAGCAUACAAUGAACUUGCUCAAUUAGGUAUACCAUUAAAGAUAUCCGAUUAUCAUUACCCAAAUUUUAUACUAUCCGUCCUAUUAUUACUCAUCAUGAUCUCCGAUCACCAAUCAAAAAAAGAAGUAUCACUGUUUGCAGCAACUAAAAUAGGUUAUGUCCCUAAAAUUGUUACUUACAUUAUCAUCAACAAGAACAACAACACGACCACUAAACAAGAAGACGAAGAAGAAGAAGAAAAACCUAAUGUUUUAACAUUAAAUAAAUAA